CGUUGGGGUUUUUGUUUUUGCCUUUUUAUUUCUCGCCAGGAACGGAGAGGAAAGGAACAGUAUUUCGUGAAUACUCGCAUCUCUUGAAAUUGCUAGUAUGGAAGUCAAAGGUAAAACAAAUUUCACAGGAAAGAGUGGAAAGACAUCACAAGGAAAAAAAAGAUUUAAAAAGGACAAUGAUUCUAAAUCUCCAAAGAAGUUUCCAAAUAAAAGCGAUGAAGGAGGUGGAUCUAAAUUCAGCUCCAAAAAAUUUGAGAAAAGUAACGCAAAGCCUGGGAAAACUGGCAUGAAACAGUUAAAGAAUAAGCAACAAGGAAACAAGUUGCCUAAGAAAACUGGCACAAAACAAUUCCAGAAUAAACAGGAGGGGGACAUGCUACCCAAGAAAACUGGUACAAAACAGUUGAAGAACAAGCAAGAGGCUGGAAACAUGUUACCCAAGAAAAAUGGUGCAAAACAAUUCAAGAAGAAACAGGAGGGAAGCAUAUUGCCCAAGAAAACUGGUGUGAAACAAUUCAAGAAUAAACAGGAGGGGGAUAUGUUACCUAGGAAAAAUGGCCCGAAGCAAUUCAAGAAUAAACAGACAAAAAGGAAAUUCCAAUCAGAGGGCAAAGGUGAAGAGACAGCAGCUAAGAAACCCAAGUGGGACGAGUUGAAAAAGAAAAAGAAAGAACUAAGGCACAGCAGACAACUCAGUGAUAAAAACAACUAUGACACCGUUCUCAAAGCAAAGCAAAUUUGGGAAUACCUAAGAAGAAAAAAUUGUGAUAAAGAAAAAAGAAUAAAGUUGAUGAGUGAAUUACAGAAGUUGAUGCAGGGCAAGAUUAAAAGUAUUGCAUUUGCACAUGAUUCAACUCGUAUUAUCCAGUGUUACAUUCAGUAUGGUAAUGAGGAACAAAGGAAAGGGGCAUUUGAAGAACUAAAAGAGAGUUGGGUUGAAUUGAGUAAGGCCAGAUAUUCCAGAAAUGUCGUUAAGAAAUUUCUCAUGUAUGGAAAUAAAUCACAAAUUGCAGAAAUAAUCAAAAGUUUUAAAGGCCAGGUGCGGAAGAUGUUGCGCCAUGCAGAAGCAUCAGCAGUAGUGGAAUAUGCUUACAAUGACAAAGCAAUAUUGGAACAACGGAACAUGCUGGUAGAAGAGCUCUAUGGGAAUACAUUCCAGCUUUAUAAGUCUGCAAUUUACCCAACUCUGGAAAAAGUAUUAGAGGUACAGCCUGAUAAACAACAGGCUAUUAUGGAUGAAAUGAAACAGAUUCUUACACCAAUGGCUCAAAAAGAAACUGUUAUUAAGCAUUCAUUGGUACAUAAAGUAUUCUUGGACUUUUUUACCUAUGCACCUCCAAAACUAAGAUCAGAAAUGAUUGAAGCAAUCAGAGAAGCUGUAAUAUACCUCGCACAUACGCAUGAUGGAGCUAGAGUAGCCAUGUACUGUCUGUGGCAUGGCACACCAAAGGACAGAAAAGUUAUUAUUAAAACAAUGAAGACUUAUGUUGAAAAAGUAGCUAAUGGAGAAUAUUCUCAUUUAGUUUUGCUGGCAGCAUUUGAUUGUGUUGAUGAUACAAAGCUUGUCAAGCAAAUAGUUAUGUCGGAGAUCAUCAGUUCCCUGCCAGAUAUAGUGAACAAUAAAUAUGGAAGAAAAGUUCUGUUGUAUUUACUAAGCCCUAGGGAUCCUGCACACCUUGUACCUGAAAUCAUUGAAAUUCUACAGAAGGGUGAUGGAAAUGCACAUAGUAAGAAAGACAGUAUAAUCCGCCGUAAGGAGCUCUUGGAGUCUAUUUCUCCAGCCCUGUUAAGCUAUAUGCAGGAGCAUGUCCAGAAAUUGGUGACAGACAAGUCAAUGUGUGUAUUUGUGGUUAAUGUCCUCGGAUCUGCUAUUGGAGAUAUUCAGCCUGCUUUGAAUACAAUUGCAAAAUUAGCUACUCCUGAAAUGAUCCCUGGUGGCAAGGAUGGAGAGUUCCACAUGGCAGAACAUCCAGCUGGACAUCUAGUUCUGAAAUGGUUAUUAGAACAAGAUGAAAAAAUGAAAGAAAAUGGAAAAGACGGUUCUUUUGCAAAAACAUUGGUAGAGCAUGUUGGUGUCAAGAAAUUGAAGUCCUGGGCUGGGAUAAAUCGGGGUGCUAUUAUUCUUUCUCGCCUCCUUCAAAGCCCUGAUCCAGAAGUGACAAAUAAAGUUAAAUCUGGACUGAAAAGCCUCAUCCCCACAUUGGAAAAAGAGGAAAAUACCAGCAAAGGCAUCAGUGCUUUACUUGAAAAACUAAGAGCUUAGAUGAGAAAAAAUAAUGAAGAAUGAGAGUGAAUCACUUUUCCUGAUGAUUUAUGUGAAAGGAUACCAUCUGAUUUGGUCUUUGGGAGGAGCCUUUUAUAUAAUAUAUAUAAUAUAUAAAUGUUUUUUGUAGAAAUA